GAAACUUCCUUAUGGACUCCAUUAGUUCGACAGUAAAGCAUAAUGACAUGAACAUUGUGGAGACUGGCUUACUUCUAUUAGAGAAAAUACUGAGCGCUUUUCAGGCUCCCAAGUUUGAAUGUUUUUACAAAGUACAUUUCUUCACAAUCGAGAAAGAUGUAUUGGAAGUACUCAUGAUCUCAUGCCAUGGUUCUAAUUUGGAACAUCUUGCGUUGGAACUGUUACAAAAUUUGUUUACAUUGGUGGAUAAGUUAUCUCAGCCUCUCUGGGAUUCCGAAACAACUCCCGUCCAUUAUAACCCGGUGUUUGUUAUGGAGCACACUACAAAGUUUUUUGUAUCAGCAUGCAAGGAGAUGGCUUCGAAAGAGGUAAGGAAGUUAGUAGAUAAAGUCUUCGACGCAAAAAAUGACACUACCCUCUUCAAGCAGAAUACCAGGGAACUUAUUUCUGCAUUGAAGCAGCCACCAGAAUCGGUACUUGACUUAAAUACGGUGCCUAGCUUGAAUGAAAAGGAGUGCUCGUCUUCUGGCCUUUAUGCAGCUCGGGCUUCUUUUAUAAAAACUUUCAAAGAGCAAUUUAAGGCCUUCCUUGAAGACUUUAUUGAAUCUGGUGACCACUCUGCUCACUACAAGGGAGUGGUGUAUGGUAUGUAUGGGACUGGUAGUACUGACAUGAAAAUAAGCCUGGAGCAUAUCAAAAUUUAUCGUUCUGGACUUGCUCGGGAUUUAACUCGUAGCUUUGACAGUGUCCAAUCUGCAAUUAUCGAAGCAGCAUCAGAAUAUGCUUUUGGUAUCAUACAAGAAUUGGAUUCAAAACUCAGAAUGAGUGAGUCAGUUCCUCCUGUGCAUCCAUUAUUACGUGGUGCUUCUGCAAGGGUAUCUAUAGUCGAUAUGCCACGAAGGAUGAUAACAUUUUUAGAGUUUAUAGCAUCACCUGGUAAUGAAAUAGUGACAAGACAGACAAUUUUUGGUGGUCCGAACUCAAUUGCCAUUGAGAAUCAAACGGAUGUGGGUACCAGAGCAAUAUUUGGUUAUUUAGAUCACUUAACUUCAGUCCAUGUGCAAGGUUAUAGCUGGGAUGGGAAGUUCACCCAGGAGAACUUUAUGGUCUCAGACGAUGAAAAGUUUGAAAUUUGCAAGUCCAAAUGUGGUAGCUGCUCACAGCAAAAUAAAAUGAAUGACUACACCCAGUUUGAAAAGGAGUUUCUUACUCUUUAUGGCGAAGCUUCUUUUAUCCCAGUGUUGGCACUUCCUAUGAAACACCCUUUAGAAAAGUUUCCAUCUACCGAUGCAGAAAGACUUCGUGUGGAGUAUGUGACUCAUCCUGGUGGCAGGCCUCCUGUGAUUAGGACUGCAUUAUUGUUGGAUCUUUAUAGAGCGUGGAAGUUCUUACGUUCACAAGGCAAGAAAUCUUUGAAAUCGGUGUUUGAUAUCAUCUGUGAUUGGCGGAAGAAGGUGAAGGCAAAUUCUUUAUUAAAGAAGAUUUAUGACUAUGUGAAAGUUGAUCCAACUCUUCUAGCCAUUUUGCGUGAUCUGCCAGAGAUUGCUAUUAAAAAACUUUCUCCAGGGUUUGGAUUGAUUGAAGGCGAGCAUAAUCAUGGUGAUGACAUAUAUGACGAUACACUCUUAUUGUUUAUCAUUUUUGUCCGACAUGCCAUUAUACAUGUUGCUGAUCCGGCUUGUUGGACCUUAGAUACAACCAAGAGCAUGUACUAUGCGUAGCCUCAAACCUAGUGCCCCAGAUGCCAGCUAGGUUCGAAUGCCACGUUGGCCAAAAAAGUAUAGCAUGCAUGUGCCAGGUCAAGCCUGCAGAAGAGGCAGGGUCCUCACCGAAAAAGUUGAAAAAAAGUUAAGCCGAGUGAGGAAAUGCGAGAAGAGAGAGAAUAUGAGUAUGGUCCAUCUAAUGGUAGCCUCAUAUCUCUCCAUUAGGGACAGAGAAAUCAAACUAGUAGCCUCAGCCUUUUCUCCUAGGUGGAUGACAUGGGGCAGCGGCAUGGUGCUGCUCCCGUAAAUCAUGCCCUAAAGACUGCUGAUUGGGAUCAUAUUCUGAAAUCUGCCUGGAAGAGGAUGUAAGGGAAAGAGAAUUGAAAUAUGCUGGGGCAUUGAUUAGUAGGUUGUAUUGUGCUAUAGAAAAAUUAGUAAGACUUUCUUAAUAUUAGCCAGUUCUUAGGGAAGGUAGGCACGCUCCCUAGACACAAUUGUACUUUCGAAGUAUAUUGGUAAUCAAGGGUAUUGUCUGGGGAAAGCAUAGAUAAGGUUCUGGACUUUUGGAAUCUAUAGUUAAUCUUUAGUUCUGCAGUUCCACUUGAUGCCUUCCAUUUGAUCCUGAUCCUUUAGUAUCUGAACUCCAGAGUAUGAACUUCGGAGCAUUAAGGCACCUUUUGAUCCCAGUUUCUCGUUGGUACUCAAUUUGUGUGUGCUUUUAUUAGUAGAGAUUGUGGAUCAUGCCAGCUGUGAUUGUUUAAUUACCAUUACAUUAAACAUAUAAUAUGACAUAACGGUGUUCAAUGUUAAGCAUAUCGUGUGCUGUAUCUGCUGUUAUACAGCACAACUAUACUGAUGUACAUUUUUCUAAAUACGUACCUCGGCACUAGUUGAUCAUAUUCUAAUUGCUGUAUCUGCUGUUAUACAACACAACUAUACUUAUGUACUAACUUCUGGCAGUUGAGGGGACUAGCUAACAUUUGAGAUUAUAUGCUGCAUGUUUUAUUAACUGCUACAUUUUUCUAUAAUAACAUGCUGUGAUCAAUGUUACACAUCUGCCUUGUGAAUUAUGGCAUGGGAAACUGAAAAUUCACUUCCAACUUCACUAGCUUUGAGCUUGUUUCCUUGUUUGUGAUGUUUCUGUUGGCUUGAAUUAAAAGAUUCAUUGACAUGUAUCCUGACAAGGUUCUGGGUUAUCAAUUGAGCUAAUACAUACUCGUGUUAU